AUGUACACGCCAGCUGAACGAGUGUUGACCCGGAACCCUUUGAUCGAUGGUCAUAAUGAUCUUCUAAUCCUCAUGCGAGUUCUAUACGGUAAUAAGAUCUAUGACCCAAAGUUCACCGACAAGAUGGAGAAUGGUGGCCUGCCUGGUCAAGUCGACAUUCCCCGUAUGAAUGCGGGAAAACUUGGUGGUGCAUUCUGGAGUGCCUUCGUACCAUGCCCAGCAAAUGGCUCCGACUUUUCUGAUGCAGCAUAUGCUCCUUAUGUCAAGACGACACUCGAGCAAAUCGACCUUUUCAACCGCCUGUCUGAGAUGUAUCCUCGCUACUUCACCCUUGCAAAGGACUCUGCUUCGGCCCAACGGGCUUUCGACUCGAACAAAUUGAUCUCUCCUAUGGGCAUCGAAGGCCUGCACCAGAUUGGCAACUCAAUAUCUACUUUACGUCUCUAUCAUAAGCUUGGUGUCCGCUAUGCUACUUUGACCUGGAACUGCCACAACGCAUAUGCUGACGCAGCUCUUGUCACCAACUCGGACAGCCAAACUGUUCUCGCACCUCCACUAUGGGGUGGUGUAUCACCUGCAGGCAAGAAAAUCAUCCUAGAGAUGAACAGACUAGGUAUGCUUGUCGAUCUCAGCCACGUGAGCCAAAACACCAUGGCCCACGUCUUGGGUCAAGGCGAAGAUGGAUGGCAGGGCAGCAUCGCACCUCCAAUCUUCAGUCACUCAUCGGCAUACUCCAUCUGUCCUCACCCUCGCAAUGUCCCUGAUCACAUCCUUCCGCAUGUCAAGGCUGCACGAGGUAUUGUGAUGGUCAACGCCAACCCAGACUUCAUCAGCUGUCGGGCCUCGAACAGCUCCUCUGGUCUCCCUGAGUUUGUACCCGAGACUUCGACGCUUGAGCAGGUAGUCAAGCACAUCAAACACAUUGGAGACAUGAUUGGCUACGACUACGUUGGUAUUGGCACAGACUUUGAUGGUAUUGAGAGCACACCAAAGGGCUUCGAAGAUGUAUCCAAGUUCCCCGAUCUGGUGACUGAGAUGCUGAAGCAGGGCAUCAGUGAAUCAGAUGCUGGCAAAGUUGUCGGCAGGAACAUUUUGAGAGUGUGGGCUGAUGCCGACGCCGUCGCAACUUGGAUGCAGAGAAAGGGGGUCUUGCCUCUUGAAGAUGAGGUCAAGCACCCUUGGGAGUAG